GGCCGCUACUUUUUCUCCCGGAGCCUUGUCUUUAUUGCAGUUCUCUACAACAUUAAUCCUCGACCCUUCAUUCCUACAAGGGAGAAUCAUCACCUCCUAGUUUUUUCCAGGCCCUGUUCGAGCAGUUGAACAAAUUACACUUUGAACCAGAGUGUCAGCGGAUUCAGGUCUGGAAACAACUACAACUUAGGAAACGGCCAUGGCUGGGAUUUACAUCACAGUCCUGCUACUUUUUGGUGCUAUGUUAACAUUCCAGCUGGAGGUCCAUGCAGAAGCAUCAAAUUCUCAUCUUAAACAUAAUUCUAAGAUUCUUCAGGAUUCCAUUGUUGAGAGGAUUAAUAGUAAUUCCACAGCUGGAUGGAGAGCUGAAAUGAAUCUUCGGUUUUCAGACUACACUGUUGGCCAAUUUAAGCAACUUCUUGGAGUCAAACCAACACCAAAGGGUGUUUUGGAGAGCACUCCGGUUGUAACACAUCCUAAAGAUCUGAAGUUGCCCAACCAGUUUGAUGCACGAACAGCUUGGCCUCAAUGUGGCACUAUUGGGAGAAUUCUUGAUCAGGGACAUUGUGGUUCUUGUUGGGCUUUUGGUGCUGUUGAAUCACUCUCUGAUCGUUUUUGCAUACAGUUUGGCAUGAAUAUUUCACUUUCUGCUAACGAUCUCCUAGCAUGCUGUGGCUUCUUGUGUGGUGAUGGCUGUGAUGGGGGUUAUCCCAUUGCUGCUUGGAGAUACUUUAGAUAUGCUGGUGUUGUGACUGAAGAGUGUGACCCUUACUUUGAUAAAACUGGAUGUUCUCACCCUGGUUGUGAACCUGAAUAUCCCACCCCAAAGUGCAUUCGGAAGUGUGUUAAAGAGAACUUGCUGUGGAGAAAGUCAAAGCAUUUUAGCACCAGUGCCUACAGAAUAAAAUCUGAUCCACAGAGUAUCAUGGCAGAAGUAUAUGAAAAUGGACCAGUUGAGGUCUCUUUCACUGUUUAUGAGGACUUCGCCCAUUAUCGUUCUGGUGUUUACAAACACACAACAGGUGAUGAAAUGGGCGGCCAUGCUGUAAAGCUGAUUGGAUGGGGUACCAGUGAUGACGGGGAGGAUUACUGGCUACUCGCAAACCAGUGGAAUAGAAGCUGGGGUGAUGACGGAUACUUCAAGAUCAGACGGGGAACAAAUGAGUGUGGCAUUGAAGCGGAUGUGGUUGCAGGAACACCUUCAUCCAGGAACUUGAACUUGGUACCAGAAUACGAUGAGGCAGAUGUCUCCCUUGAUGCUUCCAUCUAGGUGCAACUUGUUUUACUCAAACAGGGCUAGGCACCUGGGCAAAUGCGAGAGAAUAAAAAUGUAAUUGUAGCGUGUAUUAUUUACUUCAGUUGUUUGUCUCCAUCGUUUUUAAUAUAAUUGAGUAACAAUGGUAAUUCUUUAAUAAUUCAGCUAUAUGGAAAGAGCUGAUUAACUUGGGUGUUAUGUUUAUGGAUUAAUCUUUGGCAAAUGAUAUUGGCAUUCUUAAGAAAAUCUAUGGCAGUCCAUUUGAAAAA